AUGAAAAAUCAUCAGUCUCAUCCAACGGGAUCAAAACCAUUCCCUGAAGCGAAUGCAAAUGAGAAUAUACAAACAUUAUGGCCUGAAGCAAAUGCAAGCCGAUAUGGGCGUGGUCGUGGACGCGGCCGUGGACACGGCCGAGGACGAGGUCGUGGUCGUAAUUAUGACAAUUACCGAAAUCAAGUAAGUCAUAAGAGAAACACAUCACACCACCAGCAGUGGAAUAAUAAUGAUAGAAAAGGAAAAGGAAAAGUGAUGUAUAAUUCCCAAAAGAAAGAUGAUGAUGCUUGUUAUAGAUGUGGAGGGAAAGGACACUGGUCACGUACAUGUCGUACACCAAAACAUCUUGUUAAUCUAUAUCAAGAAUCAAUCAAGGGAAAGGAAAAGGAAACAAACUACACUGAUUUCGAUAAUCUUCUUGAUGAUGAUAACGAGCCGUUAGAUAUCACCCAUUUAGAAGUUUCUGAUUUCUUUACAGAAAUAAAUGGAAACACUGAUCCCAUAAUCAAUGAAGAAAAUGCCAAUAAUGGUGGCAAUGAUGGCAAUGAUGGCCAUGAUGCCAAUGAUGACAUGAAUGAUGAAUGA